GACAUAUGACUGACAAUGUCUGUUCCAGGCAUGUUGACAGAUUUUAUACGAAUGCUGUAGAAUUUCGUGAUUUCUCUUUGAAUAUCGGUCAGCAACGGUACAAAAAUAACGGAACUUGCAGACUCUCAGACUCAGUGAAAAACCUGAAUUUCCUCAAAUCUGUGACUAGUGAAAAAAAGGUACAAAAUAAUGAACACCAAUAACUCAUAUAUAUAAACAAUAAUGAUAAUGAUACAAAAGUGUUAAUGUUUCUGUGAAUGAGGUAAAUAAUGGAUAAAAACAAGAAAAACGAAGACAUGGACAUUCCAAAUGUGGAAGGAAACUUACUGCAACAACCGAAAGAGGAAACAUUACCAACUAGGAACCCGCUAAUGAAAGUGCGGACUUACGUGCUUGCGUUACGGCCGUGGUCUCUCAGUGCAAGUUUACUGCCGACUUUGCUGGGGGCAGCGCUCGCGUACCGACUGCCCGGUGACAGUGGCUUCAGCUGGUGUACUUUAUUAUUGACUCUUUGUACAAUUAUUCCAGUUCAUGGGGCUGGCAAUGUGGUUAAUACAUAUUUUGAUUUUGUUAAAGGAAUUGAUAACCGAAAGUCAGAUGACAGAACUCUCGUGGAUCAUAUUUUGAGUAUAGAUGAGGUGGUCUCGCUAGGUGCUAUACUAUAUUUAGCUGGAUGUGCUUCAUUUGUACCGCUUGUAAUUUUAUCACCAGCCCGCAUGGAGCACUUAGCUCUAGUAUAUUUUGGUGGACUAUCUUCAUCAUUUCUAUACACUGGUGGUAUUGGACUUAAAUAUAUAGCUCUUGGUGAUAUUCUUGUUUUAGUAAUAUUUGGACCAGUAUCUGUUGUUUUUGCCUUUUUAGCACAGACUGGAAGAGUGGACUGGCCAAUAAUAUACUAUGCCAUACCACUUGCAUUGAAUACAGAGGCUAUUUUACACAGUAAUAACACAAGAGACCUUGAGACAGAUAGCAAAGCAGAAAUAGUAACAUUAGCAAUAUUGAUUGGGAGAACUGCAUCAUAUUUGUUGUAUGCAUUUCUACUAUUCAUUCCUUAUAUUAUGUUUGUGGUUGCAUCAGUGCGAUGUUCAUUAUGGUUUUUGAUCCCAAUGCUGACAUUACCAAGAGCUUUUGAAAUAGAGAGAAGGUUUAGAAGCCCUGAGACAAUGAGAUAUGUGCCUAGACAAACAGCAAGGCUCAAUUUUUAUUUUGGCAUGUUGUACAUGAUAUCUUGUUUGUUUGCUCACCGCCUGCCCUUCCUACUCCGAUGAAAUAUACAUAUAAAUCAACAAGUAAUGUACAAGGAUCAUGAGAUAUCACGUUUCCUCUUGAGCUUAUGACCAGAACAUUUUAGAAUGAAUGGAAAUGAACAUUUUAAAGUAGAACUGACCAGUCUUUAUAAUCAUGAUUAUGUAUUUAAGCAUUUUAUUUAUGUGAAUAGUAAUCUCUUAUAAAUACAACAGCAUGAUGAUGAGUAAUUUUGUCAAGAUGAUGACUUUGAAAUAUGUGUUAUUGUAAGUGCUAGCUAGAUUUAAAUACUAAAGAGUUUUUUGAACUCAAUGUGUUAUCAUAUUAUAUGCUAGAAAUUGGCUCUCCAGAUUAACUACCUACUACAUAGGAUAUAACUUGAAUCAGUUUCAGUUGGUUGACACUGGAUUGAUUGAUUCAGCCCCUUACAGGAGAAUGCUAUCAAAGCCUUUAUCUGCCUUAUAGUCUGAAAUGUAUCAGAAUAAAGGCUUAUUUGUCAAUGAUUACAUAAGUUUUAAUGAUUGACGAGUUUAAGAUUUUGGAAGGAAAAUGUCACCUUAAUUAUUUAUUGUACAGAUAUAAAUUAUCUGGAGAUUGAUAAACCAGCCUUUGUUAGAAAAUAGUAAAGUUAGAGACCAAAUAAUUUAUAUGUAACUUUUCCUUAAAAUCUCACCGGAAGUUGUGAGCUUAGUUCCAAGAUAUACUUUUACUAUAAUUUCUUUGUUAUGCAAGAAACAUAUCAUACUUGUAAAUGGCUUUGUUGUGAGUUGUUUAGUAUUGAGUCAUGAGAUCAGCAUAGUCACACGUAUAAUGGAUUGUUCUCUGACAAUGAACUGCCUUCUUACAAAUGCUAAAUUGUUCUUUUAAGGAAUACAAAAGCAGCACUACUCCAUAAAUUAUGGAACCUGAAUGUGAAUAAGUAAAGAUUUAAUCAUUAAAAUUUAAUAAUCUUGGUUCUGACCUUGUAACUUGCAUCUAUACUUUUCAAAUAAAUAUUAUCUACCUCUUAUUAUGUUUAAGAGCUAUUAAUGUUAGGGUUUAUAAGAAAGGAAUAUUUGUGGUUGUAGUAAUUUUGUAAUUUGAAUACAAUGAAAUCUCUUUAUUGUGAAUUGACAAUAAUUUAUUUAUUUAGCUAGAGAAAGAAUAAAAUUUAGUCAAAUAUAAUUCAUGGAUAAGUUAA